UAUAUAUAUAUAUAUUCAUUCACUCUUGUUUUUCAGGCUCCACUCUGAGAAAGCAUCCCUUGCAUGAGAAAGGCCAAAGAUCACCAGAAAGGUUGGAUACUCUGUCAUGUAUCUUUUUUCUGAUCCUUAUCUUUGUGUUGGAUAUGUAUUUACUAUUUAGCUGUCUUGUUCUUUUUUGUGUUGGAUAUGCCGUCGCAGUGAAAGACUUGAUAUCCAGAAAAUAGGGUGGGGCACAUGCCACACCCUCUAAUACACUAACACUGGGACUGCCCCUGGUUUUGAUCUUCUUUUUUUUUUCAUAUUUCCCGUGAGAACAAUGACAAGACAGAUUUGUUGGCUAAAGAGACCACUUAUGGGAAUAGUGCUUAUGAGAAACUUUUAAAACAUAUAUGGGAUUUCCCUAAUGUAUUUGAUACAUAUUCCAGAUUAGAACUCGCCUUUGAUGUUUUAUAAUUUACAACCAAAUUUUAUAAUACGACUGUUAAAUAUUAUUGACUCUAAUUUACCGAAAUUGUUCGCUCAAAACAAAUAAAUAAAAUAAUAGUGAUUUUAUAAAAUCGAUACUGAAUUAAUUUAUAUUGAUAAAAAAAAAUAUAAACCAUAUAGGAAAAGGAAUGAGGAAAAAAGUCGUAUAUAUUAAUCUUGUAAGAGUGAGCAAACGAAAACCCUAAAUAACAAUUCAAGCCACCAUCUUAAGACUCACGAUGAUGAGAAAAAACACAUUAAAGAUGUCGGACCUUCCAUGUGAUUUGAUAGAGGAGAUACUUUGUCGCGUUCCGGCUACAUCUCUGAGGCAUUUACGAUCUACUUGCAAACAAUGGAACUUAUUGUUCAACAACCGGAGAUUCACAAGAAAGCACUUCGAUAAAUCCCCAAAGCAGCUUAUGACUCUCAUGUUGAACGAGUCUAUGGUUUGUUCGACGAGAGUUAAUCUCAAUGGAGUUCCAGAGGUCACAAGCGAACUUAGCCUAGUUGACCCUCUUUAUAGUAGUUUAAUAGAUCAUGAGUUCGAUAUUUAUGAAGUCUUUCACUGCGACGGCUUAUUAUUAUGCAUCAACGAAGACAACACUAGACUCGUGGUCUGGAACCCGUGUACUAGUCAAGCUAGGUGGAUCCAACCCAAAACACGUGUCAGCAGCCAUGCUCUUGGAUCCUACCAUGGUAAUAGCUAUAAAGUAUUGAGCUACCACCCUGACUUCGCAAUCUUUGAGAAUAACUCUAAUUCAUGGAGGAGUCUUGAUAUCACCCCCGACUGCACCAUAGAAGAUUCUGAACAGUUCAUGUCUUUGAAAGGAAAAACGUACUGGUUUGCUUGUGAUAAAAAAGAUGAGCGUCCCAUCAGCAUAUUCUUACUCAGUUUUGAUUAUACAAGUGAAACGUUUGAACGUCUACGUCUUCCGUGCCAGAGUUUUCUCUAUGAAACUAUGUCUAUGUCCGUUGUUAGAGAAGAGAAGCUUUCUGUGUUGUUACAGCGAGAUUAUACGUCAAGGACAGAGAUAUGGGUGACAAAUAAGAUUGGUGAGACCAAAGAAGUCUCGUGGAGCAUGUUCCUAGCACUGGAUUACUCGCCAGCUGGACUUCAUCUUCGGGAUACCGUAAGUUUUUUGGUCGAAGAGGAGAAGAAAGUCAUCGUGUGUUGUGAUAGAUACUUGGAAGAUGAAUUCCACGGCAAAAAGUUGAUUCACAUUGUUGGAGAGCAAAAUCUAGUCAGAGAAUUUGAUUUUGGAGAAGCCAAACAGUGCCCGAUUUUGUUUAAUUAUGUUCCAAGUUUGACACAAAUCCACCAAGGUGUAGGUGUGGGAGGGAAAAGAAAAAGAGAUACAAUUAACGGACAAUAUGCUGGAAGAUGGUCCAAGCUUUUUUACAGAGUUUAGUGGUUUUGUUUUUGAUGGGCACAAGUUCUGUUGAUUUUAGUUUAGUGGUAUUUUUUUAUACUACGAAAUGUUUCAAGUGAGUUAUACAUACUUGUUGCUAUUGCAUUACUUUUCAUCAUUUUUUUGUAUCGUUAUAUGAUCAGGAUUCAGGAAAGAUCUCUCAGGUUCCAGAUCUUUCUUUGACAUAAUUUACAUGCAGGUUUGCAUGCUUCUUUAGCGUAAUAAAUUCAAAGAUAUAGAACACGACUGACCUAACUGAAUUAUGUACAAGAAUUAGUGAGACCCAAAAUAAAAAAAAGACACAAAGAACUUUUACAAAUAAGUUUGUGGGGUUUCUCUCAUAACAGAAAAGUCUACCAAGUGGCAAAAAAUAAUGUGUGCAAGAAUCCAAUUAAGAAUAACAACAAGUCUGAAAAGAAUGAUUCUGUCAUGAAACUCCGUAAACAACAUGAACCGUCGUCACUUUGAUCAUCUCGUCCUCUGCAUUAGUCAUUAGUAAUUUUUUAAAACAUGAUUACCAAAAAAACAUGAGCGAACAGUUUAAACGUAUAGAUGUGGAGAAAUCGCAUGUUAAACCAAGACCAGCCCAUUUAAUUUAUGUCCAGCUUUUUUUUUUCUUCCGUUCCAUGCAAAUACGUUGGAAAUAUGCAGUUAUCAGUGGGUUUUGAAGCAUUCUAAGACAUAACGUGAACGUAACAUCAAUUAUCAGUGGACGUGACUACUGACAUACCAAUUGUUGAUAUUGAUCUCAUCUUGCAGCAACAAAAUGAUGAAACAGUCACAGGAAGUCUCCCUACAACUUCUGUUAGUGUGCCUCAUGUUAACUCUCAACCAGAGUUGAACAUGAACAUUCAGGAUGUUCCACGCUUGCACUCGGACUUGAUAGCGGAUUCUCAGGAACCAUAUGUUUCUACACAUGCCCCUAUGGAAUGCCAAGAUAUUCAAGUCUCAACGAUCACCACUAGUUCCUCUACCCCACAGGUUCAAGAGGAUAACCAAAUAGCAUCGCCAACUUUAGCCAAGAUUUUAUCGCCAUUAGUAGAUAUUGAAUCUACUCCGAUUUCAGCAUCUAUUAUGGAGACUUCUCCAUCCAACAUUAUCAACAAGGAGGUCCAAAAUUGUUGAUCCUUUACACACAUUGGCUCAAGCAAGUGGAUUUGAGAGUCCUUCUCGGUUCACUGCGUUAGGUGAUGUGGAAGAGGCCCCAGAUGAACCAAUGAGCUCGCUCGGUUUGACAAGGGGUUUGAGGGAGAUUAGACCUCCUAAAAAGUUCCAAGAUUUGGAAUGGAAAACUGCACGAGGGAGAGGUAAGCGCGGCUGUCGCGGCCGUGGUAACACUCGCUAGUAGCUCUUUUUCAUUUCUUUUUUGGUUUUGACUCUCUCAUGCCUUGAAUGUUUCAUAGGUUUGAGAUGUUAUUCGUCAUGAAUUGUAUUCGUGCAAAUUUUUUCUCAGUAUAAGGUCU